ACAAUCCGAUCCAAAUCAAAUCCCUGAUCGUUUUCAUUUGCUCUUGACUAACCUUGCAGUGGUUUCAGCGAUGGGUUUUGGCGAUUAUCCCGCUGAGUAUAACCCGAAGGUUCAUGGUCCUUACGAUCCUGCCCGAUAUUAUGGAAAACCGGAUGUUCCGUUUUCCGAACUGAAGCUGACUGAAGUGGGCGCUUGGUUUGGCCGCAGGAGGAAGUCUCCUCAAGCAUUCGCCGGUGCAGUAAGCCGAGCUUUCUGGCGCUGGCAGCACAAGUAUGUCCUGCCCAAGCGUUCUGGAUUUGCUCCCGUUGCUCAAAUAAUUGUCGGCGCAUCUGUCUUCUUUUACUUCAUCAACUAUGGAAAGCUGAAGCACCACAAGCACUACAGGUACCACUGAGACAAGGUAGAAGACUUAUCUAGCCCCUGGAAAGCAUCUAGCAAAAGGAUAUCGCAGAAAUAAAGGCUUCUACAUA